GAACAUCGUCGCGACUUGUAAAAAGAACGCUCUCUGCAUACCUAAGGCAACCUCAUAACACGUUGAACUCGGUCGCUCUCUCUGCUAGGUGCGGAUUCUCAUCGAUAACGAGGAAUGAAUUGUCCGAGGGAUUGUCAAAAGCAGGAGACAAAAUGAGCGGCUCCGUCAUUCUAUGUACUGCUGGCUACGAUCACACCAUCCGGUUCUGGGAAGCACUCUCAGGAAUAUGUUCGAGAACGAUACCCCACCCCGACUCGCAAGUCAACCGUCUUUGUAUUUCUCCCGAUAAACGUUUCCUAGCUGCCGCUGGUCACCAUACAAUCAAGCUUUUUGACAUCAAAGGCAGUAAUCCAACUCCACUCACCAUCUUUGAGGGACAUACGAACAACAUUACAGGUGUCGCAUUCCAUUGCGAAGGAAAAUGGAUGGUCACAAGCUCAGAAGAUGGUACGGUCAAGAUAUGGGACACGAGAAGCGGCAACAUACAACGGAACUAUAGUCAUGGGAUUCCCGUCAACGAUGUGGUUAUCCACCCAAAUCAAGGCGAACUCAUUAGUUGUGAUCGUGGUGGGAACGUUAGAGUAUGGGAUUUAGGCGAGAACAAGUGUAGCCACCAACUGAUUCCUGAGGACGACGUCAGUGUGGCCAGUGUCACCGUCGCAAGCGAUGGUUCUAUCCUUUGCGCUGGGAACAACUCGGGCAAUGUUUACGUUUGGCGUAUGAUUUUAGAAGCGGAUGUUACCACGCUCGUGCCCGUCACCCGCUUCACGGCACAUCAAACAUUUAUCACCCGAGUCCUUCUCUCUCCUGACGUCCGGCAUUUGGCAACCUGCUCUGCUGAUCACACCUCUCGAAUAUGGUCUGUAGACACCACGGCCUCGAACAACGAUCCGCUCAGCAGUGCCCCUGCGAGCUUUCCUCUUGAAACGACUCUGCACGGACACCAACGUUGGGUCUGGGAUUGUGCAUUCAGUGCCGAUUCAGCGUACCUCGUAACCGCAUGCUCGGAUCAUUAUGCCCGCCUAUGGGAGCUUAGUAGUCAGAGUAUCAUCAGGCAAUACAAUGGACACCAUCGUGGUGCCGUCUGUGUGGCUUUGAAUGACACUGCGCACCCCGGUUCAUAGGGGCGAUGGAAGAUCGCAUAUUGGAUAUAGCAAUAGCCAUGCCUAAAGCGUUAGCACACGUUUACACCACGUCGGGUCCUUCGCAUGAAUACUCAACUUCUUAAAGAGGCUAUCACUGUACAGCGCAUAUGCUCAUCAUACGAGUCCAGUAUGGCGUUAUAAUGGUGUUUUAAUGGUAAUGUUUCAAUAUAGCCGGAAGCGAGGCUCCGACGACAUCUGAGGGUUGGCGUUCAUGCAUGGAUUAGGAGUUAAUUAUCAGGCCUCUGUAUAUAUGUAUUUACGUAUUCCCUAGCGUCCUCAGUCUUCCGGCGAUCAUCAAGAAUAUCUUAGCCGUAGGACCUCAUUAAAGCGAUUCGUGGCAUGGUAUCAGAAGGAGAGUGCUCCUUUGCACGAAAAUUCACAAUGAUUGAUAGCCUGCAGAAUAGAAUCAGUAUAAGGCUGCCGAGGAUGGAAUGGGAUAGAACUAGCGAUGAGAAAGAAUGGCGUGC